AUGUCCCCGCGCGACCUGUGCGCCGUCGAGCUGUGCUGCCGCAGAUUGAGAUCCGCCGUCCGCGACUACAUCCGGGGCCUGCCGACAUCCGCCGCGGAUCUGCAGCGCCGGGGGUGCAGCUCGGACGGGGACUACCACCUGCGGUGGGCGGCCGCCCCGGGGAAGAGCGUGCCUGUGGGGGUGUACUGCCACGGCAUGGGGAGGUCGGAGCCCAAGGAGUACCUGAGAGUCAGGGCGGGGCCAUGGGACAAUUACUCGUUCUUCCGCUCGGGGGGGACGGCGACGGGCACGGACGUCACGACGGUGUUCGAGAUGGUGCGCAUCAGGAUGCCGGGCGGACCCGGUGAGCCCCCGGUGGUCGUGUGCGCGGACUUCACGUUCUCGCGGUCCAGCGGGGGCGUGGUGCUGAUGGGUGGAGCGGGCGGCCGUACGACCGUCGAGCACGCGGUGUACGGCGUGGCGCAGAACUCCGCCGGGGAGCCGACAUCCCACGCCGGCGUGGACCUGCGAGGCACGCCCUUUGCGGCGAUGUGCGAUUUCGAGGCGUUCGGCAACGCACCGGUGGGCCAGGCGACCGUGACGCACGCCAGGCAGGUGGUCAAGCUGGAAGGGGGCGGGUACAGGGGUGGAUGCGGCCCCCCUGGCGCGGGCGAGGCGCUGCGGCUGGCGGGCGGCGGCAGGGCGGAGGACGCCUGGGCGGCGCACCCGCAGACGAUCCCGCUCAAGCUGCGCGACAGCGCCGACCUGGACGCCGUGGGGAAGAGCAGCAGCUGGAGCGACUGA